CGCAGUCCGCCACUGUGCUAUUGGGAGAAAGGAGUUAGUUUUUGGCAAACCGACUGUGGUAAUUACUUUGGAGCGAUCAUUUAUUUCUGCUCAUUCUACCUCAUUAUCACUUAUAUCGUCCUUAAUCUUCUUGUGGCGGUUAUCAUCGAGAACUUCUCACUGUUUUACUCAAGCGAGGAAGAUGCUUUACUAAGUUAUGCGGAUAUUCGAAACUUUCAGCAAGUAUGGAACAUCGUAGACGUGGAACAAAAGCGCACAAUUCCUGUUCGACGAGUGAAAUUUUUGUUGCGCCUGUUAAAGGGCCGGUUAGAAGUUGAUCCAAACCGGGACCGCCUGCUUUUUAAACAUAUGUGCUAUGAAAUGGUCCGGCUGCAUAAUGGCGACGAUAUCUCCUUCCACGAUGUCCUCAAGUUAGUACAUUUCCUUACGGCAAUAGAAAGAAAUCAAUCCGAAUAA